CGCUAUGACACAGUGCUCGUCAAUAAGGACCCCACCCUCGACGGCUUUCGUGGGAUGUAUGCGGCACGCAUCCGCUUGUUGUUUUCAUUCUGGUACUCUGGUACGUUGUAUCCGUGUGCGCUAGUCGAGUGGUUUUUGCCGCUUGGAGACGAACCUGACAAGGAUACCGGGAUGUGGAUAGUAGAGCCACAGCUGGAUGAAGACAGCCGGCGGCCAUCAGAAGUGAUACAUUUAGAUUCUGUUGCACGCGCUGUACAUCUCAUUCCAGUUUUUGGGGGUGAUUUUAUUCCUGUAGAUCUACGGGCUUACGAUUCACUGGACGCGUUCCGGGCUUACUAUGUAAAUAUGAUAGUGGGCAUCGCUCGGCGAAAGUGCUGUACGGUUUUGCAGAGUGACGCCUACACCCAUACCAAGUCUCGCUGCAGGAGUGGGGGGAUGCACAAGCUCCUCUGCGGAAGCUGA